AUGCAGACCAGGCGGCUGUGGACCUACGCGCUCGCGUUCAGCUGCGUGGCCGGGUUCAUCGUCAUCGUCCUGAACAUCUCAGGUCCCCGGCUCUUCUCGACAGUGCGGCGCCACCCGGCGCGGCCGAAGACCGUGGACAUCGGAGCCCGAGCUUGCCAGAUGCAGACCAGGCGGCUGUGGACCUAUGCGCUCGCGUUCAGCUGCGUGGCCGGGUUCAUCGUCAUCGUCCUGAACAUCUCAGGUCCCCGGCUCUUCUCGACGGCGCGGCGCCACCCGGCGCGGCCGAAGACCGUGGACAUCGGAGCCCGAGCUCGCCAGAUGCAGACCAGGCGGCUGUGGACCUACGCGCUCGUGUUCAGCUGCGUGGCCGGGUUCAUCGUCAUCGUCCUGAACAAUUUCCAGGACCAAAUGGUGUUCUACGGGGCCCACAAAUUCAAAAAAAUGGCUGCCUUUUCUUAG